UUUUUUUAUACUGUUGUAAUAACAUCGAUUGUUUUGUUAUUUAACCUGUUUCCGUGUUAUAAUUACUCUUAAUUAUUAUUACAGAAUUUUCGUUAGGAUAAUAUACAAUAGGAAGGAAGUUAUUGAGAUAAGUAUUGUUUUAUCCUGUGAGUUGUACAAACGAACAUGUAAAAUGAAUCAAAAUCAUGCCGGAUUUUGUAUAUUUGCGACUGAUAUUCAUACAAUAUGAUGAGAACACUAAAUCUAAUGUAAACUACUAAAAGGAAAACAUUUUGCGGAACGUAUAAAAUACCUGUUGUUGCAGCUGUCAAGUAGAAUAUUGCAAAAUGGCAGGAAAUCAUACAAGUGUUGAGAUGACAUUAGAAGACUUUAAUAACAUAGAAAUAGCAAAAAGAACAUCUGCAAUCGUUUAUUUAUCUGUUGUAAUGAUUUUGGGAAUUCCUGGAAACUUAUUAGUGAUAAUAGUGUACUUUGGAUCCCUCUGGCGAAGGGAUGGUACACACUGGAUGUACAUCCGGGCUUUAGCCGUCACCGACUUACUGGUGUGCACGGUUGCAAUACCAUUUGAAAUAUUCCAACAAACGCACCAGUUGACAUUUGAUUCUGAAGUAGGAUGUAAGAUCUUCAGAGCAAUAAGUGUACAUUUAUCUUUGACAUCGUCUCUACUUUUGAUUGCCAUGUCAGGAAAUCGUCUCAGACUGGUAUGUCAACCACUGAACAAACAAUUAACUCCGAAUCAAGGUUUGGUAACAAUUGCAAUAACAGUAGGAAUUGCCGUGUUAUUUUGUUGGCCGGAAGGAGCUUUAAGUGGGAUAAGUUUAGAAAAGUUAGAUUAUAACUUGACAGGGUAUGAUUGCAGUUUUUCAGACCGAUAUAGCAUGAAAGAUUACGGUACGAUAUAUAGUACUCUCCUGUUAACAGUCUACCUUUCAUGCAUGGUUGCACUUGUGAUUAUGUAUUCAAUUGUUGGAUUGCGAUUGCUUGAACGAGCAAAAUAUCAAAAUUCAAAUCGAACAAGGUAUGCAAUAUCAACGACAUCUGUUGCUACUGAAUUAACCUCAUGUGAACAUCACAGCACCAACCUCAUUAAAAAUCAGAGUGAAACAUUGGACGAGAAAAGCAUCGCUAUUAAAACAAUUGCAACACCAGGAACCCCUAAAAAUAAUGAUCAGAAGAAAUCCAACGGAAAUUCUAAGAGAGCUUCAAAAAUGAAAACAUCCAAAAAGGUUACACGGAUUGCAUUCGUCGUUAGCUUCUGCUUUAUUUUGAGCUACUUGCCAUAUAUAGCAGUAAAAUUAAAUGCAUCUGUUGUAAAAGGUCAGUUUACAGAAACACCGCUAACCAAGGCCAUAUUUCCUAUCCUUGCCAGAACGUUUAUCAUCAAUAAUAUCAUAAAUCCUGUUAUAUAUGGAUUUCUGGAUCCGACGUUUUUAAAGCAUUGCAAAAUGACAAUUAAAUAUAUUCUAUGCAUGAAAUCUGAAAACUAUUCUUUGUAAAUAUCCUGUGUAUAUCAGUCUUAUAAACAUUUUAAAAUAGCGAAUAUAAAUUUGUGUUUAUGUAACUAACUAACGAAUUGUAUUCAGUAUAAAAUCCAGUACAAAAGUAUCAUCGCCAAAAUACGUAUAAAUAUUCAACAAUAGCAAUUUUGAGACAUAACAAAUAACAUAAAACCCAUAGCAAUUAGUCAUGUCUAUUAUUUCCACAGACGCAUUUUUGAUUAUGGUUUCACCAACAUUGUGUAUAUAGAAGAAUUCUGUAGACAACAUCAGUCUCGGUACAAUUCAUUAAAUAUUUUAAUUGAUCAACACUAUCAAAAUUACAUAAAAUAUUAUAUUAUGUCAACAAAGUCGUUAUAUUUACUUUUCUAAUAUCUUAAUAAAGAUUGAAUUCGCAUAAGAAAUGAAA